AUGCCAACAGUUUUAUCUGUUACCAUGGCUACAGGUUCCCAUCGUUUAGCUGAGCAGGGUACAAUAACGAAGAGAAUGACAGCUAUAAAGGAAAUGGCAGGCAUGGAUGUACUUUGCAGUGACAAAACAGGAACUCUGACAUUAAAUAAGUUGUCUGUUGACAAGAACCUUGUUGAGGUUUUCGUCAAGGGAAUUGAUGCAGAUACAAUGGUAUUGAUGGCUGCUCGAGCCUCUCGAAUGGAAAACCAAGAUGCAAUUGAUGCUGCUAUAGUUGGGACAUUAGCUGAUCCAAAGGAGGCUCGCCUAGGCAUUCAAGAAGUUCACUUCCUUCCUUUUAAUCCAACUGAUAAGCAUACAGCUCUGAUGUACAUUGACAGUGAUGGGAAAAUGCAUAGUGUUAGCAAAGGUGCACCAGAACAGAUCAGAGUUCAUGCAGUGAUGGAUAAGUAUGCAGAACGAGGGUUAAGGUCUCUUGCUGUGGCAUACCAGGAGGUUCCUGAUGGUAAAUAG